AUGGACUCUGUGAGGGCAGCAGACCCCUCAGCGCCCCCAGGCCCUUUGACUCACCUGAACCUGCUGGACAGCUCGGAGGUGCGGCUGCAGAGCGAAGCCGACGGGCGGAGCCUCCCGGGCAGUUGGACCAGGUCACCUCCAGAGCAUGCCACCAUCCUGAGGGAAGGUGUACGUAGGUGCCUGCAGCAGCGGUGCGAGCAGACAGUGAGGAUCCUGCACGCAAAGGUGGCACAGAAAUCCUACGGAAAUGAGAAGCGGUUCUUCUGCCCUCCACCCUGUGUCUACCUCGCGGGUCCCGGCUGGAGGGUGAAGCCAGUGCAAGGUCAAGCCCACCAGGCAGGGGAGACAGGGCCCACCGUCUGCGGCUACAUGGGACUGGACAGCGCGUCGGGCAGCGCCGCCGAGACGCAGAAGCUGAAUUUCGAGGAGCAGUCGGACUCCAGGGAAUUCGGUUGUGCCAAGACCCUGUACAUCUCCGACGCCGACAAGAGGAAGCACUUCCGGCUGGUGCUGCGGCUGGUGCUGCGAGGGGGCCGGGAGCUGGGCACCUUCCACAGCCGCCUCAUCAAGGUCAUCUCUAAGCCCUCGCAGAAGAAGCAGUCGCUGAAAAACACUGACCUGUGCAUCUCCUCCGGCUCCAAGGUCUCCCUCUUCAACCGCCUGCGCUCCCAGACAGUGUCCACACGCUACCUUUCUGUGGAGGAUGGGGCUUUUGUGGCCAGCGCAAGACAGUGGGCUGCCUUCACACUCCACCUGGCUGAUGAGCACUGUUCCCAAGAGGACUUCCCACCUCGAGAAGGCUACGUCCGUUAUGGCUCCCUAGUACAGCUCGUCUGUACAGUCACGGGCAUCACACUACCUCCUAUGAUUAUCCGCAAAGUGGCCAAACAGUAUGCCCUCCUUGACGUGGAUGAGCCCAUCUCUCAACUCCACAAGUGUGCAUUCCAGUUUCCAGGUGGCCCUCCAGGAGGAGGUGGCACCUACUUAUGCCUUGCCACAGAGAAGGUGGUACAAUUCCAGGCUUCCCCCUGCCUGAAGGAGGCGAACAGGGCACUACUCAAUGACAGUUCUUGCUGGACCAUCAUUGGCACCGAGUCAGUGGAGUUCUCCUUCAGCACCAGCCUGGCCUGUACGCGGGAGCCGGUGACACCUGUGCCCCUGAUCAGCACCCUCGAGCUGAGCGGUGGGGGCGACGUGGCCACGCUGGAGCUGCACGGAGAGAACUUCCACGCGGGGCUCAAGGUGUGGUUUGGGGACGUGGAGGCAGAAACCAUGUACAGGAGCCCGCGGUCCUUGGUGUGCGUGGUGCCGGAUGUGGCCGCCUUCGGCAGUGAUUGGCGCUGGCUGCGCACUCCCAUCACAGUGCCGGUGAGCCUGGUGCGGGCCGACGGGCUCUUCUACCCCAGCGCGUUCUCCUUCACCUUCACCCCUGAAUACAGCGCGCGGCCGGGUCCCCCCGCCGCCCAUGAGGAGCAGGCUACCGACGCGGACACACUCCUGGAGAGCAUCCACCAUGAGUUCACGCGCACCAAUUUCCAUCUCUUCAUCCAAACUUAGGUGCGAUCCCUGUUGUGCACCACUGAGGUCCGCACCCAGGCCCGGAGCCGGGUUGUUUCUCUGUGUCAUAAACCCUGCUGCCUUG